ACACACUACAGUGUCCUGAAAAUUCUGGUCUACUCAGCUGUAGAUUUUGGUCUGUGCAGCUGUAGGUGCUGGUCUGUGCAGCUGUAUGUGCUGCUCUGUGCAGCUGUAGGUGCUGCUCUGUGCAGCUGUAGAUGCUGGUCUGUGCAGCUGUAGAUGCUAUUCUGUGCAGCUGUAGAUGCUGGUCUGUGCAGCUGUAUGUGCUGAUCUGUGCAGCUGUAUGUGCUGGUCUGUGCAGCUGUAGAUGCUGGUCUGUACAGCUGUAUGUGCUGCUCUGUGCAGCUGUAGAUGCUGGUCUGUGCAGCUAGAGAUGCUGAUCUGUGCAGCUGUAGGUGCUGCUCUGUGCAGCUGUAUGUGCUGGUUUGUGCAGCUGUAGAUGCAGGUCUGUGCAGCUAGAGAUGCAGAUCUGUGCAGCUGUAUGUGCUGGUUUGUGCAGCUGUAGGUGCUGCUCUGUGCAGCUGUAGAUGCUGGUUUGUGCAGCUAGAGAUGCUGAUCUGUGCAGCUGUAUGUGCUGAUCUGUGCAGCUGUAGGUGCUGCUCUGUGCAGCUGUAUGUGCUGGUUUGUGCAGCUGUAGAUGCUGGUCUGUGCAGCUAGAGAUGCUGAUCUGUGCAGCUGUAUGUGCUGGUUUGUGCAGCUGUAUGUGCUGGUUUGUGCAGCUGUAGGUGCUGCUUUGUGCAGCUGUAGAUGCUGGUUUGUGGGAUAGGCCUAGUGCGCACACUCCCUCACACACACACACAAACACACUAAGCCCUGACACACUAACAAUAUCACACUCUCGGCAUAACAAUAUCACACUCUCAGCGUAACAAUAUCACAUUUCAAGUUAGCAAAAUCACACAUUAUUUUUAGGCUCCAGAGAAACGGCUCAUGGUGUAACAUUUCCAGCAGUCAGCGCAGGAGGGCUGUGUGUAUGCGUAUGCCCAUGAGUCAUGUCCACAAAGUCUGACCUGAAGCCUGAUAUUCAGCUCUCUCCACCCCUCAGGCCUGUCCUCCUGAAGCUGAGACACAGUCUAACCCAGCACAGACAUCGUCUAACCCAGCACAGACACAGUCUAACCCAGCACAAACACAGUCUAAACCAGCACAGACAUCGUCUAACCCAGCACAGACACGGUCUAACCAAGCACAGACACAGUCUAAACCAGCUCAGACAUCGUCUGACCCAGCACAAAUUCAGUCUAACCCAGCACAGACACAGUCUAAACCAGCACAAAUGAAGUCUAACCCAGCACAUCCCAGUCUAUACCAGUGCAGACAAUCUAAACCAGCAGGGACACAAACACAGUAUAACCCAGCACAGACACAAUCUAAACCAGCACAAACACAGUCUAACCCAGCACAGACAAUUCUAUGCGUUUUCUGCCUCCAUUUUGCUGACCUCUCUUUGUCCUCUUGCCCCCCUUACCCUGCUCAUGGACAUGCUCUCCAUGGACACACCCACCCCUGGACACGCCCACCCUUGGAUACACCCUCUAUGGUGAUGUGUGUUGCUGCCAUGACGACAGAAGCCAGCCCAGUUGGGGAGCCUGAGAGCCAGCCUCAGUCAGGCAGGCAGGAGGCGGAGCCUGUGCAGGACCCGCCCCCCCCCGGCCCCCCCGCGGAGCCGGUGCUGAAGCCACGCACGCGCACGUCUGCAGGGCGUGGCCUGUCACGCCUCUUCUCCUCCUUCCUGAAGCGGCGCUCGCAGUGCUCGGACGGGGAGGGCGCGGAGGCGGAGCCUGGCCCAGAGGAGGCGGGGCAGGAGGAGGAGCUGGUCAAAGCCCCCAUCGCUGACCCCGAACCCGAGCUCCGCACCGAGGGCGACCACGCUCUCGACCUGCACUCCCUCAGCAGUGCUGAGACACAGGCAGCUCACGAGGACCAGAAGGAAGACGCUGACACAGCGAAGGAGAAGGAGGCGGAGGAGGAGGGUGGAGCAGCAGGAGAGAAAGAGAAGGAAGAACAGCCCAGUGAGGUGAAGGAGGGAGAAGGAGAGGAGAGCCAGGAGAAGGGGGAGGAGCCAAAACAGGAGGAGCCAAAAGGGGAGGAGCCCAAGGCUGCAGACGAACCCAAAUCCUCCAAAGCUGUUCGUCGCCCUCGCACCAUGCGCUGCCUGGUCACCCUGCUGGACCGCACUCUCUAUGAGUGUGAGCUGGAUAAACACGCCAAGGGCCAGGAGCUCUUCAACAAGGUGUGUGACCACCUGAACCUACUGGAGAGAGACUACUACGGCCUGGCCUCCUGGGACACGCCCAGUCUGAAGACAUGGCUGGACUUCACUAAGGAGAUUCGCAAGCAGGUGCCAGGUUCCAACUACAAUUUCACCUUCAAUGUGAAGUUUUACCCCCCUGAUCCAGCCCAACUCAGCGAAGAUAUCACCAGGUACUACCUGUGUCUGCAGGUGCGGGAGGACAUCCUGAGUGGCCGGCUGCACUGCUCCUUCGCCACCCUGGCGCUGCUGGGUUCCUACGCCCUGCAGUCCGAGCUGGGCGAGUACGACCCCCACGUCCACAGCAAUGAGUACGCCAGCCAGGUCCAGCUGGCCCCCGGCCAGAGCAAGGAGCUGGAGGAGAAGAUGAUGGAGCUGCACCGCAACUACAGGUCCAUGAGUCCUGCCCAGGCAGAUAUGUUCUUUCUGGAGAACGCCAAGAAGCUGGCCAUGUACGGAGUCGACCUGCACCAGGCCAAGGAUCUGGAGGGAGUGGACAUCAUGCUGGGUGUCUGCUCCAGUGGCCUGAUGGUUUAUAAAGACAAGCUGAGGAUCAACCGCUUUUCAUGGCCCAAAGUCUUGAAGAUCUCCUACAAGAGAAGCAGCUUCUUCAUCAAGAUCCGCCCAUCCGAGCAGGAGCAGUAUGAGAGCACUAUUGGCUUCAAGCUGCCAAAUUACCGAGCGUCUAAGAAGCUGUGGAAGGUGUGUGUGGAGCACCACACCUUCUUCAGACUCACCAGUGUGGAGGCGACGACUCCGCGGAAGUUUCUGGCGCUGGGGUCGAAGUUCCGCUACAGCGGGCGCACGCAGGCCCAGAGCCGCCAGGCCAGCUCCCUGAUCGACCGGCCCGCCCCCCUGUUCCAGCGCUCUGCCAGCAAGAGGGCCUCACACACCCUGGACGGAGGCUCGCUCCAGUCCUCCUCAGGUGCGUCUCUGCCGGCUCCAGAGAUGCCUCCCAGGGAGGAAGAUGAUUGGUUCCUUCUCUUGGAGUCUUUCCAGCCAGAGCCGGGCCCUACGGACUCAGUAAUGGAGGUGGACCGUGCUGCGGUGUAUAAGCGUGUGAGCACCACUGUGCUGGUGGAGCAGGAGGAACAGAAGAGCAUGAGGAUUGUAGAGCGGAUCACACAACAGCAAGAGCAACAAGCUCCCGAGGGGUUGCACAACUCACAAAGAAAGGAAGAAGGUGAUUGGUUUGUGUUACUGGACUGCCCCCCUUCUGAGGCCACCCAACCUCCAUCAGCCCCACCUGUGGGGGUCAUCGCAGGGUACCCCAAACUCCACAUGGCUGCAGUAGAGGUGGAGGAGAAGGAGGCCGUGAUGACAACACAACAAACAAUGCGGCUUCAAGAUGUGCAGUCACUGGAGGAAAGGCUGCUGCCUCAGUGGAGAGAAGAGGAAGAUGAUUGGUUUGUUCUGCUGGACCGUCCCCUGUCCUCGCCCUUCCCCAUACGCCAAGGGGUGUGUGUGUCUGUGUCAGUGACGGAGGUGGACCGUGCUGCGGUGUAUACGCGUGUGAGCACCACUGUGCUGGUGGAGCAGGAGGAACAGAAGAGCAUGAGGAUUGUAGAACGGAUCACACAACAGCAAGAGCAACAAGCUCCCGAGGGGUUGCACAACCCUCAGAGAGAAGAUGAUGAUGAUUGGUUUGUGUUACUGGACCACCCCUCUUCUGAGGCCGCCCACCCUCCAUCAGCCCCUCAGCUGCCAAUGCCAGAGGCGUUCAGACCUGCCAUGCUGCAGGUGCAAGAAGAUGAUUGGUUCGUACAGUUUGAACGCCUGCAUCCAAAAGAGACCACCUUCCCAUUGCCAGUGCGGGGGCAGGAUGACUGGUUUGUGCUGCUGGACCACGCCCCCCCAGGCCCCGCCCCCCUCUCAUUCUCGGCAGCAGCUGGGGUAGCUGCAGGUAAAGCUCGGCCGGUCAGUGCUCCGGUCAUCUCCCCUGCUGACCUCGCGUCAGUUGGCCUUGGCCCCGCCCCCUCCACCACACCCCGGGCCCCGCCCAGUGCCCCGCCCAGCCGCCUCACCCCACAGGAGGACAGGAAGGUGGAGGUGAAGCUGGAGCCUGCUCCUGUGGAAGAGGUGGUUAAGGUGGUUCGGAGGGAGAAGAAGGCCGGCCCCGUGGUCACGGCAGCCAAUGGGGAGCGGCCAGCAGAGUCGCCCCCGGCAACCGAGGAGCUGGUGCGCAUGCGGAAGAAAAGAGCUAAGAAAAUUGAGGGUGAAACUAUUUAUAUCAGACAUAGCAAUUUAAUGUUGGAGGACCUGGAUAAGACUCAGGAUGAGGUCAUGCGCCACCACGCCAGUAUCAGUGAGCUCAAGCGUAACUUCAUGGCGUCUGUUCCCGAGCCGCGGCCGAGCGAGUGGGACAAGCGUCUGUCUGCCCAUUCGCCGUUCCGCAGCGCCAGCACCAACGGGGCCCCCCCACCCACCAGCCCUGCCAGUGCGUGUGCUGUGCCUGUAAGGACAGAAAUGUGUACUAAUUUACCCAGAGAGGCACCUGGCAACACCGGUCAGGGGGGUGGAGCCCUAAGCCCCCCCACCCAGGAAGGACUUAAGGGGUUGGAGUCAGGGGAUGAUGGGAAGGAGCAGGAGGAGGGGCUUAGCAGGGAUCAUCCAUGCAAACCAAUGAGCCGCGUGGAGCUGUACCCAAACCGCACCCCUGAGCCUGAAACCCAGGCCCCUGCGAUGCAGCCCCCGCCUGGCCCUGAGGAGGAGCCCUGCCCCCCUGCCGAACACGAGCGCCCCCCCGGGGUGGUCGCGGCCUCCCCUGCCGAGCUCUUCCUGAGCAACGGCCCUUACCUCAUUCGCUGUUUCCAGCCGCCUUUGGUGAAGACUCAAACCGUGACCCUCUCUGAAGCCUCCAACUCCCUCCUCAGCGAAAUCACCACGAAGGAGGUCCCCAUCAUCCACACUGAGACUAAGACCAUCACUUAUGAGUCUGCUCAGCCAUCUGAACCCGUGGCAGACAGUGACCCUGGGGUUCUGCUGAGUGCCCAGACCAUCACUUCUGAAACUGUCAGCAAGACCACAACAACCCAGAUCACCAAGAUGGUUAAAGGUGGACUCUCAGAGACACGCAUUGAGAAGAGGAUUGUCAUCACUGGUGACCCAGAGAUUGACCAUGACCAGGCCCUAGCAGAGGCCAUAAAGGAGGCAAAGGAACAGCACCCAGACAUGUCUGUCACCAAAGUGGUGGUUCACCAGGAGACAGAGAUAACCCCGCCCCCGGAGUGAGCCACACCCACGCACAGGGACAACGAGGGAGCAUCAGGAAUGUGAACAGUCUCCUCUCCUCCCUCCCCCCCCGUCAUCUUUUCACCUGGCGACCCCACCCUGACACGCCCAAACACAGCCCCACCCACCCCAUGGCUCCACCCACCCCUCAGCCCCACCCACCCUUCA